AUGGACCAACUACGCACUAAGCGCGGCUUCGUCCGAACCGCCAUCACCAAAGCCCUAUCAACACUCGACGCCCUGCUCGCAGAUUCGACCACCCCGGCUGGCAGGCUCCAGGAGAUCCUCGACCUCAGCGUGGUAAAAAACGCCCAACUCGUCCACUUCGACAGCGAAAUCCAGGCCGCACUUCAUGAUGACGAGUUGGAAGCAGACCUAACUACCGCCUACGAGUACGAGGAGAAAGUCAGCUAUGCACAAACGAGAGUUCGCCGCGCAACCGCGCCCUGGUACCCGACGCCACCCGCAUCUGUUCCUGUUAGCGCAAGUCCUACCAGUGAGCCUCUCGCAUCGACAUCGACGCAGGUAGCAAAUUCACCUUCGCCCGACAUCUCAACUCCAACGCCGCCAUCUCGCAUCGCCUUGCCCAAGCUGCACAUACCAAGUUUUGCCGGUGAGCGGCGCGAGUGGCAAGGACUUUGGGACCAAUACCGAGUCAGCAUUCAUGACAACGACUGGAUCCCAAAAAUCGACAAAAUCAAAUACCUAUUGACAUACCUGACUGGGGCAGCUAAGGCAGCCAUCCAAGGUAUUUGCCUCGCCGAAGCUAACUACGACGUAGCCAUUCAGAUCUUGUCCGACCGUUUCGGCCGUCGCGACAUGCUAGUCGACGAUCAUCUAGACAAUUUGCUGUCUGUCGCGCCAGUUCGAAGCUCAGCCGACGUGACCAAAUUAAGGAAUCUCUAG